AGGUGGAGGGGGGAGGGUGGCGGGUGGCAAAAGCCGUGUUGUAAGCCCAUUCUCUCUCCACUCUCUCUAAUGAUUCGUUCUCUUGCUGUAAUGUGAAGACUUUAUACGAGUCUGCUAACCUAAAAAUCUCUCUCUUCCUUCUGAACCGCCUUUAAAAAAAAGGAAAAUAUUAUAUUUAUUUAUAAAAAAGGAAAAGCAGAAACCCUAGAAAAAGCUUCGUUGCAUCUCUAUCCUCCUUUCUCUCUUUCUCCGCUUUUCUUUGUCGAAGAGCAAGCCAGUCAUCCCGAAUUCAAGAUCUGUGAAACGAAGAUGGAGGUUUCACGGAUUUGAGAUCUGGCUGGAGGAAGUCGAGACACGGUAGAUCGGUUGGGUUUUGGAGGUUCUUUUGCUUUAUGGUUUGGUUACAGAUCUGGGUCUGAAGGGGUUGCUGUUUGAUCUCGUUGCUUCGCUGCGAAAAUGUCGAUUUUAUCGAAGGGUGAUUCGAUUCACAUCAGGGAAGUUUGGAAUGACAAUCUCGAGGAGGAAUUCGUUUUGAUUCGUGAGAUCGUGGACGACUACCCGUACAUCGCUAUGGAUACCGAGUUCCCUGGGAUUGUCCUUCGGCCUGUGGGCAAUUUCAAGACCAGCUCCGAUUAUCAUUACCAGACUCUGAAGGCCAACGUUGACAUGCUGAAGCUGAUUCAAUUGGGCCUGACUUUUUCCGACGAGGCAGGGAACCUUCCGACGUGUGGGACCGACAAGUACUGCGUUUGGCAAUUCAACUUCCGUGAGUUCAAUGUUAGCGAGGAUGUUUUUGCGAAUGACUCAAUCGAGCUGCUGCGCGAGAGCGGGAUCGAUUUCAAGAAGAACAACGAGAAGGGUAUCGACGCGCAUCGGUUCGGAGAGCUCCUCAUGUCCUCUGGAAUUGUGUUGAACGAUAGCGUGCUUUGGGUGACCUUUCACAGUGGAUACGAUUUUGGCUACUUGCUUAAGCUCCUGACGUGCCAGAACUUGCCGGAUACGCAGGCUGGAUUUUUCAAUCUGAUAAAGAUGUAUUUCCCAAAUGUGUAUGACAUCAAGCAUCUCAUGAAGUUCUGCAACAGCCUUCAUGGUGGGUUGAACAAGCUUGCGGAGUUAUUGGAAGUGGAACGUAUUGGUAUCUGUCACCAAGCCGGGUCUGAUAGUUUGCUUACCUCUUGUACAUUCAGGAAGUUGAAAGAUGCUUUCUUUAAUGGCCAAACCGAGAAAUAUGCAGGUGUUUUGUAUGGCCUCGGUGUUGAAAAUGGACAGAAUACUCACUGAAAAGGAAAAAAAAAUAAUAAAAAUGAAAAACUGUUUGUUUGAAUACAUCCUGGUGUGAAUCUCUUCUCUCUAUGUAUACCUUCGGCCUUGCUAAGUUAUGAAUUUUCUCUUUUUCUUUUCUUCUUCCUCUGGAUUUUCUUUCCAGAAUGUUGUGGAUUCCGCAUGUGCAUGAGGAAUCAUAUCUAUGGAACUGCAAUUUGCCUGCGACA